AUGAGCAUCUUUAUCAGGAAACUGCGCCCCUCCCUGUCCGGGCUACUCCGGUCCAAGCCGGCCGUCCCAACGCCUGUUCCACCGUCACCAACCGCCCGGCGCUACUACCAUGCGCCAUGCACGCGGCGAUCUCACGAUGCCCUGCAAUCAUCUGGCCGAGGCGUACUCUUCCGCCCCAACCCUGUCCUCGGCCGUCGACCACCGCCGUCACAGCUAGCGAUCCCGCGGUACUACUCCUAUAGGCGAAAAAGGAGUUCUGCCGACGAGGCCGUGAGAACAGUCAUGGCAGUAGUCAUGCUCGUCGGAGGGGUGGUCAUCACGAUCCGCCACGGCACCAUCGAGACCGUGCCCUACACCAACCGCCACCACUUGCUCAUCAUCUCGUCCGAGGAAGAGCGCAACCUCGGCGAGUCGCAGUUUGCCAGCCUCAAGAAGGAGCUGGGCAAGAAAGUCCUCCCCACGUCCCACCCGGAUACCGUCCGCGUCACCGGCAUCUCCACCAAGAUAAUCGACGCUGCCCGCCGCGGCCUCGCCAGCGAUGACAAUGGUAAGCUACUUGACGAAGCAAUUUGGAGCUCCAAUGCAGCGCAGAAGAAGAAGCCAAGGAAGGUUUGGGGAGGGCAGCCGAUGACGAAGCAUCUCGACGAGCUCAAGUGGGAGGUAAUCGUCGUCGACGAUAAGCUGGUGAAUGCAAUGUGCUUGCCCGGUGGCAAGAUCGUAGUCUACACCGGGUUGCUCCACCACUUCAACACUGAUGCUGAGAUUGCCACGGUGCUAGGGCACGAGAUUGCACACGUUAUUGCAAGGCACAUUGCCGAGACGUUCACCAAGAACAUGUGGACUGCCAUUCUGCAGGCGUUAAUGACUAUCGACACUGAUGACUCAAAGAUGGUCAAUGAUCUGACCGAAUACCUACUCACUUUGCCCUUCUCACGAAAGAUGGAGAUAGAGGCAGAUCACAUCGGAAUCCUGCUGCUCGCAGCUGCUGGUUUCGAUCCACGCGUAGCGCCUGGCUUCUACGAGAAGCUAGGAAAGAUCAGUGGGAACACAUCGGCAUUGGAACAGUACAAAAAUACUCAUCCUUCCAGCGAGAAAAGAUCGCGGCUUUUAGCGGAGCCCAAGGUCAUGGAGAAGGCGAUGGCAUUGUACAGAGAAGCAAGAGCAAGAAAUGGAGAAAGUGAAUGA